GGAUGCCAAACAACAAUGGCGCUGCGUCUGAACCUUCUGCUCAACAAAUGUUGCUCGCUGGGAGUCCGCACGUUUGCCGGCAACGUGUUGUCUAAAACGGCAGAAUCCGGCGUGCCGGAGACCUCCAGAGACCAUUUAAUCUACACGCCAGAGCACUUUGCGUUGAAGGAAUCCCUUAAAAAGAUCAUCGAGCAGGAGAUUAACCCGUUUGUCGAUCAGUGGGAAGCAGAGGGGAAGUUUCCGGCUCAUAAAGUAUUCAAGAUCCUGGGAAACGCUGGUUUUCUUGGCGUUAACAAACCAGUCGAAUAUGGAGGCUUGGGACUGGACUUCAGCUACAGUGUUGCAGUGUCCGAGGAGCUGGGCAACAUCCGCUGCGGAGGCAUCCCCAUGGCUAUCGGCGUUCAGACCGACAUGACCACUCCGGCACUGGCUAGGUUUGGUUCAGCUGAGCUCAAGCAAGAGUUUCUGCUUCCCAGCAUCCUGGGGGACAAAGUCGCCUGCCUUGGAGUUAGCGAAGUCGGGGCGGGUUCUGAUGUGUCAAACAUUAAGACCAAGGCGGUGAGAAAAGGCGAUGAAUACGUGAUCAACGGGGGCAAGAUGUGGACCACCAACGGCACCCAGGCGGACUGGAUGUGUCUCCUGGCCAACACCGGUGACGGACCCCCACACAGGAGCAAAUCCCUUAUCUGUUUGCCCAUGGACUUGCCAGGAGUCCACAUUGCACGGAAGAUUGGCAAACUGGGCAUGUGGUCGUCAGACACGGCCGAGAUCUUCUUCGAGGACGUGCGCGUUCCCUGCAAGAACGUCAUCGGCCAGGAGGGCUUGGGCUUCACCUACCAGAUGCUCCAGUUCCAAGAAGAAAGGCUCUGGGCUGUGGCCAAUAUUCUGACCACCAUGGACUUGGUCAUUCAGGAGACCAUCAGCUACACCCGGCAGAGGAAGAUCUUCAACCAGCCUGUCCUCCACCACCAGUCGGUGCAUUUCAGGCUGGCCGAGCUGCAGACGGAGGUUGAGCUGCUGCGCGCCCUCCUCUACCAGGCCACAGCGCUGUAUAUCAAAGGCAACGAUGUCACCAAGAUGGCGUCCAUGGCCAAAUUAAAGGGGGGCCGUCUGGCCAGGGAAGUGGGAGACAGCUGUCUCCAAUACUGGGGAGGGAUGGGCUUCACCAGCGAUGUGCUGGUCAGCAGAUUCUACAGGGACUCCAGGUUAAUGUCCAUAGGGGGAGGGGCUGACGAGGUCAUGCUGGGAAUCAUCUGCAAAUACAUGGACACGCUACCCAAGAAGUGACGUCAUCAAUUAGCUUGAUGUGAGCCUUCUCAAACUAAUUUAAAAAAAAACCAAAUCACAUAAGUGCAGUUAAGCUUGUCUAGAUGACAGGAAGUACCGCCUUUAUGUUUAAUAUGUAAUAUAAAUGUGAGUAACCAAGGCAUGCUAUUUGUGAUUUUAUGCAAAUAUUGAUCAAGCUAUAUUACAAGAAAUACUAGAGAUUUUAA